AUGGCACUCAGCUCCACUUUCCUUUCGCUCGUUUUCCUUACCCUCACUGUGGCUGGGAAUCUUAUCCAAGUGCGCAAUGGGGCGAUAUCGAUUCCGAUGGUGAAGCAGAUGAAUACGACCGGGAUUGUCAAGACCGUCGAGCGAGACCAGGCGCGCGCAAAAUACCUGAAAGGCUCAGGAAAAUACCAGGUCCAUAGUCGCGCAAGCUCUAGCAGCGUCUCGGCGACUAGCGAUAGCCUCCGUUAUGUCGUAAACGUCGGCGUCGGCUCGCCUGCGACAUACUACUCGCUGUUGAUCGAUACUGGGUCUUCAAACGCCGUGGUCGGUGUCAACAAAGCCUACGUCGCGACUUCUACCAGUGUCGAUACAGGCGAUCAAGUGGAGGUCCAAUACGGUUCUGGAGCUUUCAUCGGGGAGGAAUACAAUGACACUGUCACAUUGGGCAACCUGGUCAUCUCACAGCAAUCAAUCGCCGUCCCCUCUUAUGCAGAGGGAUUCACUGACAUGGAUGGCAUACUGGGUGUUGGGCCGACCGACUUGACGGAGGACACCGUUACAAACAUGAACACGGUGCCUACGGUGACGGACAACUUGUAUUCCCAAGGCCUCAUAUCCGAGUACCUUAUGGCCCUCUCCUUUGAACCCGCAACGUCCGACUCUGACAGCAAUGGCGAGCUGACAUUCGGCGGUACUGAUUCAUCCAAAUACACUGGAAGCAUUAAUUACGUCCCUCUCACAACCACCUCACCGUCAUCUACGUUCUGGGGCAUCGAUCAGUCGAUCACCUAUGGAUCUUCCAACACCGAAAUUCUGACAUCCACUGCAGGAGUUGUCGAUUCUGGCACGACGCUCACCCUCAUCGCUUCCGAUGCAUUCAGUCGCUAUCAGCAAGCUACCGGUGCAGUACAGGACGAAAACACCGGCCUGCUGCGCAUCACCGCUGAUCAAUACGAUCAGCUCGAGAGCCUCUACUUCAACAUUGGCGGACAAAUCUAUGAGUUUACUGCGAACGCUCAGAUCUGGCCCAGAUCGUUGAACAGCGCUAUCGGCGGCAGCAGCGAUAACAUCUAUCUGGUUGUCACCGACAUCGGCUCGGAUACGGGCUCAGGCAUGGACUUCAUCAAUGGGCUCACUUUCCUUGAGCGGUUUUACUCCGUCUUUGAUACGGGCAACUCCCGCGUGGGCUUUGCCAGCACAUCUUACACGAAUGCAACCACCAACUAA